AUGCUCCUGCAACUGAUUCUGCUAGCAGCGGCGGUUAGCGCGGUUCGUCUUUCUUGCUUUCUUCUUUAGUUUUUUUUAUUGUUGUAAGUUGAUCUUGUGACGGUGGCAAAAGUAAACUUUUUUUUUUCUUUGAUUGAGCUCACGUCAUUCGUCAGAAGUUGCCUGUUUCAACUGGAAACUACCCACAAAAAGGAUAUUUUUUGCAAAACGAGAAUCACCUAAAACUCACUCGUUGUUCUUUGACAACAUGGCGGUGGUUCCAUAAAAAGUUUUAAAGCAAACUAUCAAGAAACUCCGUGCGAUUUUGAACUACUCUCAGGUGGAAUAAAUUUAAAAAAAUUUUCGUAUUUGAUAUGAAGUAUGUAUAUUUUUCAAAAGUCACAUUUCUAAUAGGAGCAAAGUCAUAAAAAUGCGCCUUAUUAAUUUACUUAAGCUUGUAACCUUUAUGUAGAAUUGUUUUCUUUCAAAAGGAAAGUUUCACAAUUAUUUGGCAGUAGAAAUGCAAAAAAAAACUUUCAGCAAAGCCCGAUGUACCUGCAAGCUCCAGUACCGAUUGCGGCGCCUCCGAUAGCUCGAUUGGACUGCAUAGAAGCGUGUAUGCCGUCCUGUCUACCUAGCUGCAUCCGACAAAAAGGGCAAUAUCCAACUCCGGCGUCUCCGGGAGCUGCACCUCUAUACCAGCCCUACGCUGUGCCUCAACAACCGUCGUCAAUAUACAAUCCUUAUCUACCUGUUGUUCAGCAACCUGCGGUAGCUCAAGUUGUUCCAGCUUUACCGCUUCCAGCUUCUGUCGUUGUUCCGCAAGUUGCGACGCCGGUCGCUCAAAUCUAUCAGCCUUAUGCACCAGCUGCUUCAGCUCAAGCAAAUUGCGCCCCUGCGUGCAUGCCUCAAUGCCAAACUGUCUGUCUUGAGCAGCAAACGUAUAUUCCGGUAGCCCUGGCUCCUGCUCCUGUACCUGCGCCAGCUCCGACGACCUGUGUUGCUGCUUGUAUGCCUCAAUGCCAAUCAGUCUGCCUAGAACAGCAAGUUUUGGCACCUGCCGCGGCUUCUGCUGCAUCUUCAUCAUGUGCUCCUGCAUGUAUGCCUCAAUGUCAGCCGGUCUGUCUGGAACAACAAGUUGCUGCUGCUCCAGCUCAACCGACGUGCAUCCCGGCUUGCAUGCCUCAGUGUCAGCCAGUCUGCAUUGAACCAGUCCCACCUCCACCACCUCAGAUGGAGCCGGUAACAGUGGUUGUUCCAACUGAGGCUCCUCCGUCCCAGUGCAUCCCGUACUGCAUGCCUCAGUGUCUUCCAUCUUGCGCUGCUCCAGAAGAGACGACGGAACUUCCAACGCCGCCGCCGGAGUCGCCCCCUACUCCCUCGCCGACACUGCCGCCAACAACGACUGUCACUACCGUUCCUCUCACUUGCUCAAAACUGUGUGUCGUUAA